AUGGCGCGGUCAUGCGUACCUGAUGGGCUCACAUACACCCGCAUUCAUCUUAUCCAGGGAUUCGCCGAGAUGAUCCACUACAAGCAGACCGUCAAGAUGCAGUCAGGAAAUGUAGAUGCUACGCAUAUCGAGUCUCGGGGCGCCCGACGUCAACACCCUCCGCAGGUGCUCAGGUGAGAAUCAUAACCACCUACAAGCUGGGCCAGCCAAGAAGUCAACGAAAUGGUUAGAAGCGACUUCCGAGCCGGUUUUUACGAAUUGGAACCUGAAAUUGUGAUAUGUGAUUGGAAACAGUCUUACAAACGCCCCCGAGUCAGAUGCCGUUUUUUUUUUUUUUGGCGAGGUAUCCCUAUAUUCAAUAACUGAGAAUCCUAGCAUAGGGGUUUUUGUGGCUUUAAAAAAAAAAAAAACGGCAUCUCACUCGGGGGCAUUUGUAAGACCACUCCUAAUCACAUAUCAAAAUUUCAGGUUCCAAUUCGUAAAAACCGGCUCGGAAAUAGCAAAUUGCGUCAUGACCUCGAUACCUGGGUGCAGGGGCGGAAAUUGUGUAGGAAAAUGAAGGCCUUACAGCCCGAGAAAAGGGGCGCGAAAGCGGCCUGAUGGCAAGAGGCGCACAGAUGCUGACUGUACCCCUUUGGUGGGACAGGUAGGUGUGGGUGCUUAUCGAUCGUAAUGACGUGACACACAAACAUGCAAGAGGUUGUAAUCUGAAGGUAAGCGCUCCAAAAACGCAUGACAAAUGUUUUGCACAAAUCGCACAAAAGUUGACGUUUCUUUGUACAUAACAAAAAACACUUCGUUCGUUGGUUGACAGGGGUUAAAAAACACCCGCUUAUCUAAAAACAACAUUCAAACUGACAGACUCAUCAACACACACACACAACUUCUCGCACCGGUUAAUCUUACAGAAAAAAAUG